AAAAAUCGAAUUGAGAAAAAUUUUCGUUUCGUGCCUCAGUAUCUAGAAAGCGUCCUUACUGUAUUGUCCAGUAUUUUAUAUAAAUUCUAAGAAUGAAUUUCAUUACCGUUUGUGUAAUCGUGUGCGCAAUUGCGCUGAGUUUUUCAUUUGAUUUUGUGAAUCCUCUGGUGCAGCAUAAAUCUACCGCAACUAAUGAAAAUGAAAAUAAUGGCACUCGAAGAAUUCCAGGCUGCCAUUCUGUUUCUGGCAAAUGUAUGAGAUCUCCUCAUGUUCCGAUUGGUGCUGAACCCAUUGAUACCGCUCGAGUCGAUCCAGCCGUUUCUAUGGAGGAAUUCGAAAGCGGGCUGAAACGACGAUAUCUCGAAACGUCGGCAACAAUCGUCGAUGCAUGGCGAAAAUGCAACGAGACAUACCACGUGCCGUCGAACGAAUCAUACGACAUGUUUAUAAAUCCUACGUGGGGCGUCGAACGAGCAUUGAGCAAAGAUGCUAAAUGUUUGAUUGACUGUACGAUGCGCAAAAUGGGCGUGAUGACCGAUGAGGGUUUUCAAUGGUCAGAAUAUAUAGACCAGAUUAAGAAGCUUCGGUUCGUGUACACAACAUUCAACAUAAAUGAUAAGCCAGAUGAGACAAGAAUGCAGAUGUGGAAUGCAGUUUUUCGACAAGCACUCGAAUAUUCCUAUCGAAAGUGUUACAUCAAUGCGAAUUUCGACGAAGGGUCGGAUUCCCUUGAUCGUCAUUAUUGCUACGGACUCGCGAUGUCCUAUUAUCAGGCUGUUAAAGUUUGUAAGGACAUUAGGCAUGCGGAAGGCGAUAGCUGUGAAACAUCUUUGAUGAUAAUGAAAUGCAUAAUCAGUGACAACCGGAGACGAUCGUAUGAUGUACCAUUUUAUCCGGCUGUUUAUACGAUUUCAGUUUUUCCACAAGAAACAUUGGCUAAUGGUACUGAAGCUGCUACAACUCUGAAUUGACAUUGACCACAUUUGACUGACGCUAUUGCGUCUGACUUAGAAUUAGCGUUAGAAAUUUUUGAAUUUUUGAAUUAUUUUAUUCUGUUCUGAAUAAAAGUUAUUUUUUACUGUGUGCUCUAGC